AGGCCCUAUUUUCCUCUGCCAUUCUCAAUCCUCGCAGGUUUAACGUUCAUAGGAUUGUCAGCUACAAUGGAGUCAGACAUAUUAGAGACAACAUAUAUGAAGCGACAGCGGAAGCGGAAGGAGACAUUCUUAAGUUGGUGACUUUGAAAGUAGUGGAUCCAAAUGACACAGAAUUUCUUUCCUAUGAAAUGACAGAAGGUUUGGAUAAGGAGCAUGUGUUAGUUGGUUAUGAUAGUUAUGAAGAACCAGGACGACGUGUAAUUGUUUAUGAACGCCACCAAAGCCUACAAGAUUGGCUCCAACAGCAUCAAGUUGUGAUUGGAGGGAGACUUAACCAAGAGUUGAUAUCCAUUAUAUGGGACCUGCUUAAAGCCAUUCAAUACUUGGUGCCAUUAAGAAAGCUGGAAGGUGGCUUUGACAUGCAUAAUGUAGUAGUGGUGAAGGGAAGGGGGAAAAUUACAGGAUUAUGGGAUGACUAUGAAGGACAAAAUCUUCAGGUUAUCCGACUAGAAAUUGCAAGUGUGUUAGAAAACAUUUUCAGCCGCUGCUAUGGGCUUGAAAUAACUCAAAUUGAAGAUUUCAGAUCCCUUAUUGCUGUUUUAAGGAAAUCAGACCUACCUCAUGACCAUGUUUUCAGGAUCAUACACAGACAUCCCUUGCUUUUGACCCAUUCUUCCCGUGUUGCUUUUCGAUUGCUUGCCUACACAUCUAUACUUAGAUAUAAUUCCAAUUACCGAACAUCACAAUUUGUUGGAGACUAUGAUAAUUUUUUGUCUGCUUGUUCUUUAAGUCGUCCGUGUAUUAGCACUUCAUGGACCCAAUGGGUAAAAUAUAACAACAGACCAAACUACUAUAGCCAAGAAUUGAAGAGGGCUUUGGCAUUGCCGUCUACUCCGUAUUCAGAUUCCCCUUGGUCUUUUUUUAAAUUCAUGAGAAAUCUUGUAGCCCGUGUGGGAAAUGCUGAAGAUUUAGACAAAGAGUUAAACCUCAUUUGGCCCGGUUUUCUUGGGAUGAUAUUUGAAAUGCUACUAGAAUUUCAAGUAGUUUUGAUUGAUAGUGUCUGAGGCUUUUUCUCAAAGGAUGUUGCUGGAACUUCACGAGGAUAUACUGGAAGAUGAGCUUCUAAUCAAGGUUCCUGGAAGUGCAUACUCUGGAGAGAAAAGCACCACCACUGGAGGUGAAAUCGAGGAGCUAAGUCCUUCAAAGCUUAAUAAUUCGGAAACCCAUUGUGAAGCAUCAACAGGCAGUAUCUGAAUCAUUUCCCAUGUGGUUGUUGUAUCCUGCAGAUUAAAUGAGUUUGAUCAUGAGAAAUUUUGUAUUGGAAGCAUGCAUUGCAAUGACUGAGAUUCUAUGGAAUGCUGGUGGUAAAUAUUUUGUAUCUUUUAUCAUUAGAUAGACUUCAAUUUCCCUAGUGGAACCUGCAAUGACUGAAUGUUACCACUGAAUUAUUUACAUAGUCAGGAAGAUAAAUGAGGUAGUUCUGUUGAGUCGAUGUUGAUGAGGAACUCAGAAUUGUUUGACCAAUAUAUUUCUAAUCAGUGCAAUGGCUUUUCAAGAUGGUGGACCAUGUAGUUGACUGUCCAUGAAAAUAGUAAAUAUGUGUGCUUUAGGGAACCCCAUGGUGGCUGUAAUAUCACAGUUCUUGAGCUAUGAUACUGUUCAUCGUCUUGCAAGUUUCAACCACCAAGUUCCUUUUCUUGUCUGGUGGUGAUAUUUGAGCAGGGUCAGGUUUAUGUGUGUUUGUAUAUAAUCUAAGAAAUGACAGACUAAUGUUGCAUUAACCAAAUCCAGAAUCAAGGGCAUUUGGAGAUUCACGAGGAUAUACUGGAAGAUGAGCUUCUAAUCAAGGUUCCUGGAAGUGCAUACUCUGGACAGAAAAGCACCACCACUGGAGGUGAACUCGAGGAGCUAAGUCCUUCAAAGCUUAAUAAUUCGGAAACCCAUUGUGAAGCAUCAACAGGCAGUAUCUGAAUCAUUUCCCAUGUGGCUGUUGUAUCCUGCAGAUUAAAUGAGUUUGAUGAUGAGAAAUUUUGUAUUGGAAGCAUGCAUUGCUAUGACUGAGAUUCUAUGGAAUGCUGGAUUGAUGCAGGGCUAUUCCAAUGA